UUGGGAAACAGAAUAAGAUAAAAAUAAAUAAAAUUUGAAAGCGUCGAAACAUGUCCUCCCUGUCCGAAUUUAUAGUAUUUCCAUUCUCACACACAGAUUUGCCUCUUUGUUUAUCGUCUCUCAUCUCCACAAAGCUUUUCCCUUUUCCCUUUUCCCUUUCCCAUGUGAAAAAGCUGCUUCAUUCUGCAGAUCUAAUUUCAAAGCUAAUCGAAACCAGGAAAUUGAUCUGGGACAAGCUUGCUUGGUAUUUGAGGAAUCUACAGGGUUUCAGCAAGGGGUUUUAUCUUCCGUUGUACCUAAGUGUUGUUAAAGUUAUUCGGUUUCGGUGGAAUUUGAACACCCCAUGAUUUUAAAUGCAGAGGAUAAAGCAACUUGUAUUGUGAUUUAUGGUUUUCCUGCUAUAAAGUUCUUGCUUUGACUUGUUGAAUUUUGGGUUUCUGUUAUUAAGGUUCUUAAAUUUUGAGUAUAUAUAUGUGCGGGAUGUUGGGUUUGUAUCUGUGCUGUUAACAUUUGAAGAUCAUUAAUCUGAAGGGUUGGGGUUUAUUCUGUUUGGACUUGGAGGGCUUGUAUGGAUAAGGAUAAGUCUUCUUCAAGCCAUGGAGGUUCGUUGCCUCCAUCCGGGAGAUACUCAUUAUUUUCACCUCCUAGUAGUAGUUCCAAUGUAAAGUAUGAACAACCUGGAUUAGUAAAUUUACCUCCAUUAGGACCUGGAAAUGCUUCAGAAUCAGGUCAUUUUGGUCAUGGUUUGUCGGAAGAUUCAAGCCUGUUUAGUGUUGAUAUAAGCCGAAUGUCUGAUAACCCACCAAAAAAAUUCGGUCACCGACGUGCCCACUCAGAAAUUCUUACUCUUCCUGAUGAUAUUAGCUUUGACAGUGAUCUUGGUGUUGUUGGACUAGAUGGACCAUCUCUGUCAGACGAGACUGAGGAGGACAUCUUCUCAAUGUACCUUGACAUGGAUAAGCUCAAUUCUUCAUCUUUGUCUUCUGAAUUCCAAGUAGGUGAGUCUUCUGCAGCAGUUGCAGCUUCAGGUUCAUCACAAACACCAGCAAUGGCUUCAGGAAUAAAUAAAGUGGCUCCUACUGUUAGUGAGAAGCCAAGAGUUAGACAUCAGCAUAGCCAGUCCAUGGAUGGUUCAACUACAAUCAAGCCAGAGAUGCUCAUGUCAGGAGUGGAAGAGUCAUCUUCAGCUGAAACUAAGAAAGCCACGUCUGCUGCCAAGCUUGCUGAACUUGCUCUUAUUGAUCCUAAACGUGCCAAGCGGAUUUGGGCCAACAGGCAGUCGGCUGCAAGAUCAAAGGAAAGGAAAAUGAGAUAUAUAGCAGAGCUUGAGAGAAAAGUUCAGACUCUGCAAACGGAAGCAACUACUUUAUCGGCUCAGUUGACCCUGUUGCAGAGAGAUACAAAUGGCCUGAAUGCUGAAAACAGUGAACUUAAGCUGCGUUUACAAACAAUGGAACAACAGGUGCACUUGCAAGAUGCGUUGAAUGAUGCUCUAAAGGAGGAGAUACAGCAUCUGAAAGUGCUAACUGGGCAAGGCAUAGCAAAUGGUGGACCUAUGAUGAACUUCCCAGCAUCCUUCGGAGGCAAUCAGCAGUUUUACUCUAACAACCAGGCAAUGCAUACGUUGUUGGCUGCACAGCAGCUUCAACAGCUGCAGAUACAUUCUCAUAAGCAACAGCACCAGUUUCAGCAACAUCAGCUACACCAGUUUCAGCAGCAACAGUUGCAGCACCAGCAACAGCAACCUCUUAUGCAGCAGCAGCAGCAGCAGCAACAGCAACAAGAUCAACUGUCGCAAGCAGGAGAUGUGAUGUCUAGAAAUUCGCUUUCAUCUCCUCAAAAUGACAAUGCUUCUGCUGUUAGUUUUGUAGCAAAGGAUUGAAAGCUGGUGGCCAGGCAGUAAAGAGUUGGUAUAUGUUUAGAAAUCAUCAUGUGUUCUCAUCUAGCUCACUUUUGUGUUUCAAAAUCAUCAUGUGUUAAAACACAUCUAGCUCAAGUUUCUUUCUUUUAAUUAGCUUCUUCAUCUGCAUUUUAGUAUUUUGUAGGGUCAUUUAACUUUUAGUUGAAAUUGUUCAAAUCCCAUUCUAUGUAUGUCAUUUUGUCAACUAUCAACAUGAUUUUCUUCAUGUUACCAGUACUGUUGGUGGUAGUUCUUUUUGAACAUCAAGCA